AAGAGCUUUCCUGCCUUUUUAAUUACCAAACUACUCUCAGUUUUCAAUGAAUCAAUUCAAAGAAAGAAUGCAGUCUUUCUAUACCUGACUCAAGAAUGAACAAUCCGUCAGAAACCAGUAAACCACCUAUGGAGAGUGGAGAUGGCCACACAGGCACACAAACCAAUGGUCUGGACUUUCAGAAGCAGCCUGUGCCUGUUGGAGGAGCAAUCUCAACGGCCCAGGCCCAGGCUUUUCUGGGACAUCUCCAUCAGGUCCAGCUUGCUGGAACAAGUUUACAGGCUGCUGCUCAGUCUUUAAAUGUACAGUCUAAAUCUAAUGAAGAAUCGGGGGAUUCCCAGCAGCCCAGCCAGCCUUCCCAGCAGCCUUCAGUGCAGGCAGCCAUCCCCCAGACCCAGCUGAUGCUGGCUGGAGGACAGAUAACUGGGCUUACCUUGACGCCGGCCCAGCAGCAGUUGCUGCUGCAGCAGGCGCAGGCGCAGGCGCAGCUGCUGGCCGCCGCGGUCCAACAGCACUCCGCCAGCCAACAGCACAGCGCUGCCGGGGCCACCAUCUCCGCGUCCGCCGCCACGCCCAUGACGCAGAUCCCCCUGUCACAGCCCAUACAGAUCUCACAGGAUCUGCAGCAACUGCAGCAGCUUCAGCAGCAGAAUCUCAACCUGCAGCAGUUUGUGCUGGUCCAUCCGACCACCAACUUGCAGCCAGCACAGUUUAUCAUCUCACAGACGCCCCAGGGCCAGCAGGGUCUCCUGCAAGCGCAAAAUCUUCUAACGCAACUACCUCAGCAAAGCCAAGCCAACCUCCUACAGUCCCAGCCAAGCAUCACCCUCACCUCCCAGCCAGCAACCCCAACACGCACAAUAGCAGCAACCCCAAUUCAGACACUUCCACAGAGCCAGUCCACACCAAAGCGAAUUGAUACUCCCAGCUUGGAGGAGCCCAGUGACCUUGAGGAGCUUGAGCAGUUUGCCAAGACCUUCAAACAAAGACGAAUCAAACUUGGAUUCACUCAGGGCGAUGUUGGGCUCGCUAUGGGUAAACUGUAUGGAAAUGACUUCAGCCAAACCACCAUCUCUCGCUUUGAAGCCUUGAACCUCAGCUUUAAGAACAUGUGCAAGCUAAAGCCACUUUUGGAGAAGUGGCUCAAUGAUGCAGAGAACCUCUCAUCUGAUUCAGGUCUCUCCAGCCCAAGUGCCCUGAAUUCUCCAGGGCUGGGAAUGGAAGGCUUGAACCGUAGGAGGAAGAAACGCACCAGCAUAGAGACCAACAUCCGUGUGGCCUUAGAGAAGAGUUUCUUGGAGAAUCAAAAGCCUACCUCGGAAGAGAUCACCAUGAUUGCUGAUCAGCUCAGUAUGGAAAAAGAGGUGAUUCGUGUUUGGUUUUGUAACCGCCGCCAGAAAGAAAAAAGAAUCAACCCACCAAGCAGUGGUGGGGCCAGCAGCUCACCUAUCAAAGCAAUUUUCCCCAGUCCAACCUCACUGGUGGCAACCACACCAAGCCUCGUGACGAGCAGCGCGGCGCCGACCCUCACGGUCACCCCGGUCCUCCCGCUGAGCAGCGCCGCGGGCGCCAGCCUGGCUGUCACAGGCACCACAGACAGCACCUCCAACAACACUGCCACCGUGAUCUCCACCGCGCCGCCGGCCUCCUCCGCAGUCACGUCCCCCUCGCUGAGCCCCUCCCCGUCCGCCUCAGCCUCCACCUCCGAGGCAUCCAGUGCCAGCGAGACCAGCACAACACAGACCACCUCCACUUUGUCCUCUCCUCUUGGCACCAGCCAGGUGAUGGUGACGGCGUCAGGGUUGCAAACAGCAGCAGCCGCUGCCCUCCAGGGGGCUGCGCAGUUGCCCGCAAAUGCCAGUCUUGCUGCCAUGGCUGCCGCCGCGGGACUGAGCCCAGGCCUGAUGGCGCCCUCACAGUUUGCAGCUGGAGGUGCCUUACUCAGUCUCAAUCCAGGGACCCUGGGCGGUGCUCUCAGCCCGGCUCUCAUGAGCAACAGUACACUGGCAACCAUUCAAGCUCUUGCUUCUGGUGGCUCUCUUCCAAUAACGUCACUGGACGCGACUGGGAACCUGGUAUUUGCCAAUGCAGGAGGAGCCCCCAACAUCGUGACUGCCCCCCUGUUCCUGAACCCUCAGAACCUCUCACUGCUCACCAGCAACCCAGUGAGCUUGGUCUCCGCCGCCGCAGCCUCCGCAGGGAACUCUGGACCUGUAGCCAGCCUCCAUGCCACCUCCGCCGCCGCUGAGUCCGUCCAGAACUCUCUCUUCACGGUGGCCUCCGCCAGCGGGGCUGCCUCCACCACCACCACCGCCUCCAAGGCACAGUGAGUGGGGCCGCGCGGGGCCUGCCACCAGCCCUUUCCAGCUGCCGCGUGCUGGGCUGCCGGCCAGGCUGAGACUGACAGUGUGAUCGGCUUCCUCUUGCCAUGUUUCAGCAGCAAGGGAGAGAAGGGAGAAAAGGAAAAAUACGCAUACCAGAAAAAAAAAGGAUGGAGACAGGACAGCAUUUGCCUAAUUUUGUAAUAAAACACUGUCUUUUCAGGAUUGCUUCAUGGAUUGGAGAACUUUCUAACCAAAAA